CUCAAUUUUAAGGGCAACAGAAGUCUGAACACCUCCAGGAUGUCUGGGCUUUUGAGGUUUGGCAGCCUUGCACCCAAGAUGAAGAACCUGAUUGUAGCUGGGAGCUUAACAGGGUUUGUCUUUGGGGUUUAUUUCUACACUAUGAGGGCUGUUGGGGGUACCGAUGAGUUGCAGGUGGCCAUUGACAGGUUUGAAGGGGAGAAACACAAGAAAGAAACUGAAACAAGCAUUUCAUAAGGGUCUUGAUCUCCUUACCCUAUUUCCUUUGCAUUUUGACCCUUAGGUUUUUUCUUGCUAGAUCAUUUAGAUUCCAAGUUGUCUGGACUGUUGGAUUUGCAAGAGCAAUAUUUUAUUCAGUUAAAGAUGUUC